ACCUCAAUUAUAGGUACCUGUUCGAGAUACAGAAGGAAGGGUGUAAAUAAAUAGAAUUUCUCAGUAAUCUUUCCAACAACUGUGUAAAGUACAUAUGGAGGCUGAGAGAGAAUGGCUUAUCUAAAGCUGCCUAGUUGAAUGAACAGGUGACAUUUAUGCUCCACCGCAGCAGAGCUUUCAUCUUUUUGCUGCAUGCCUGCCCUCGCUAUAGUAGCAAUUCUGCCCGUCCAGCAUCCAAUCCUCUGAAAGGCGGCAUCCUCCAGUAUCUCUGUGAUCGCUUCUAUGACAUUGAAGCCUUCGUUGAGUUUGGCAGGAAUAUAAAGAAAUGGAACACGCAAAGGAAAAACAGGUACUACUAUGAGGCACGCCAGCAUUAUGGAGAAGAUCUCACAGCUGCCGUCUUCACCUUGGAUUUGAUGGGAAGAGUUAGGUUCCAGGGCCAAGAUGAAUGGUACUGUGAGACCAAAGGCUGGAAACAGGAGCAUCCGAUUUUAGAGUACCAAGACACCCCCUUGGAAGCAGUUGAUCUCAGCGGCUCCAUCAUAUCUUAUGAGGGCCUCGAAAACCUAGCUAACCUGAAGGCCCUAAAACAUCUGGACCUCAGCAGAUGUCCCAGCAUCGACGACUGGAGCUUGAGCCGCUUGCACACCUUUGGGGACACCCUCCAGGAGCUCUCACUAGCUGGCUGCCCCCAGGUCACGGAGAAAGGUCUGGCUUGCCUCCACCACCUUGGCAAUCUCAAGCGCUUGGACGUCUCUGACCUCCCCUCUGUUGACAACAAAGGCUUAAUUCGGAUUCUUCUGGAGGAGAUGUUACCUCAGUGCACCAUUGUGGGGAUGAAUUACAGUGACGGGUUGGUUCUUCAUGUGGAAUCUGACUCACACAUAGGUGAAACAGAGGAGGACCAGGGACCCCCUUGGGUCCAGAAAACCAGUGAAGUCCGCACUUGAUUGGAGGAAAGUAGCAUUCGAGAGAGUUCUAGCACCCUGCAGCGUUUCCAGAAUUCCUCUGGCCCCUCUUUGUACAUAGAUGACUCGGGGAUGGCAACAGACAUGACUGUUCUAAAAUGUUCCUGGACGUCUAGCGGUUUAUGUUCCCAAUGGUCACCCUCAUAAUAAAUGGUGCCUCCAUGUUCA